UUUGCAUCAAAAUGAGACGUCUCUCGGCUCUCCACGACCUUUCUUUCCAAAGUGACAGAAUUUACAAGAAAAGCCCUAAAUGUUCGUUGUUAACGCAAUGCUACAAAAAGGAAAAUUAAUUCAGGGCUUUUCUUGUAAAUGCUAUAACUUUGCAAAGAAAGGUCGUGGAGAGCCGAGAGACGUCUCAUUUUGAUGCAAAAUUUAUGGGCUACAAUUCAAACGGGUUGGAGAAAUAUUCCUGUUGUUUCAGGGGGUUUCUAGAAAACCUGUUUUCCAGAGCGACACGAGGAAAGGCCUAUGAGUGCAAACGGCUAUUAUAUUUAUAAUCAGCACCCUUGACUACAUACAAAUAGCCAGGUUUGAACAAAGUCAGAGUGUAUCACUUCGGGCGGUUCCCUCGCAAAAAAUAUUAAUCAUUUAAAAAUUAUGUUUUAUACUGUUUUAGAUUAGCUGUUGAAAAUGAACAUCUAGAAGUUGUAACAUUAUUACUUCAGUAUUGUGAUGGACAAAAAAUGCGUGAAACUCUAUUACUAGCCAUCUAUUUGGGACAUGUUCAAAUAGCUGAAUUAUGUUUGAGACAUCCAAAAUUUAAAUUUUUAAAUGAAAAAAAAUUUUUAAAUGGUGAUACUGAUUCAUUUUGGCAAAAACCAUCAUCGGAUGAUGCACAAUUUUCACCUGAUAUUACACCAUUGAUACUUGCCUCUCAACAUAAUCGAACAGAAAUUGUUCAAUUACUCUUGAAAGGUGGUGAUCGCAUUACCAAACCGCAUGAUUAUCAUUGUAAAUGCCAAGAAUGUCAUAAUAAAUUUAAAUUUGAUUCAUUAAGACAUGCACAAUCACGUUUAAAUGCUUAUCGUGGUUUAGCAAGCGAAAGUUAUAUAUCAUUAGCUAGUUUUGAUCCAAUAUUGACAGCAUUUGAACUUGGACAUGAAUUAAGAAAUUUAUCAGAAAAAGAAAAAUAUUUUAAGAAUGAAUAUAUUGCUUUAGCUGAUCAUUUAAGUUCAUAUGCUGUUAAACUUUUAGACAAAGUACGUGGACAUAAAGAAUUAGAUUGUGUUUUGGGAAAAACUGGAAAAGAAACAGAAGAAAAAUAUUUUACAUUGGCUCGUUUAGAUUUAGCCAUUAAAUAUCAAGAAAAACCGUUUGUUGCCCAUUCAAAUUGUCAACAAAAACUAAUUGAAAUAUGGCAUACUGGUAUAAGAAAAAUAUUUAAAUUAAAUCAAUUAAUUAUAUUUUCACUUAUAUUUGUAUACAUUAUUUUAUGGCCAUUUAUUUGUGUCAUGUACAUAUGUGCAUCAUGGAGUAAACGUACAAAUAAAAUUCAACAAUUUCUUAAACAACCAUGUAUUAAAUUUCUUAGUCAUAUAAUAUCUUAUGUUAUUUUUAUUGUUUUUAUUAUUGUUUCAAGUCUAUUAUUUGCAAGUGAAUUAAAACAAAAGAAAAUAAAAUUAUCCGAUUAUAAUCCAAAUAUAUCCAUGGCACUUCAAAAUUCAAUUAGUCAAUGUAAAACAUCAUUGUAUAAUUGUACAUAUAUACCAGAAUAUUCUGAUUUUUAUUUUCGAAAACAGUCGCCCACUUGGUCAGAUGUUGCAAUUUCCAUAUUUGUUAUUGGUUUUCUAUGGCAUGAAAUAAAACAAAUUUAUAUCGAUGGUAUUAAAGAUUAUCUAUUGUCAUGGAAUAAUAUUGUUGAUUCUUGUAUGAAUAUAUUAUAUCUAUCAUCAUUUGCUCUCAAAUAUUAUGUUUUUAUUGAAGUCACAUAUGCUCUUAAAAGACUAUCUCAAGCGGAUUUUCAAGAUAAAGUUUCAACUGUAUUUAAUUCAACUCCCUCAAAACAGAUGGAUGUUUGGUAUACAUUUUAUUGGCUGAAUGCUGAUCGUUUUUAUUGGGUACCAUUUGAUCCAGUCAAUGUUGGCGAAGGAUUCUUUGCCAUAGCAAAUAUAUUUAGUCUUUCUAGAAUUUGUUUUCUUUUACCAGCAUUUCAACAUUUAGGACCAUUACAAAUAUCAUUAGGACGAAUGAUGUCCGAUAUUGGCAAAUUUAUCAUAAUAUUUAUGAUUAUAUUUUGUGCCUUUAUGAUUGGUUUAAAUAAUUUAUUUUGGUAUUACAGUUUUACAGCAAGAAGACAUGUUCAAAUAGGCACACAUAAUUUGACAAUUGAUAAUAAUCGACCGUUUAAUGCUGAAAAAUUUUUUGGAACGUUGGGUGACACAUUUAAAACUGUAUUUUGGUCAUUAUUUGGUUUAUCAGAAAAAGAAGGUGUUCUACUAGGCGCUUAUCAUAGUAAAUUUACGGAAAUUAUUGGCUAUUUGAUAUAUGGUGCUUUUAAUAUUGCCAGUGUAAUUGUAUUGCUUAAUAUGUUAAUUGCUAUGAUGUCAAAAAGUUACGAAACAAUAGAAGAACAUGCUGAUGUUGAAUGGAAAUUUGCACGUAGUAAACUGUACAUGGAAUAUAUCAAAGAAGGUGCUACAUUACCCGUUCCAUUCAAUAUUAUUCCCACACCUAAAAGUCUCUAUUAUUUGUAUCAAAAAAUAAUUCAACGUAAAAAAUUACGUAAACGUCAUCAACGUGAACAACAACAAAUAGGAGGUGAACAUUUUACACAGCCAGAUACAUUUCGUCAACCAUUUCCACAACAAAAUGGUCAUGAUAUUAAUGGUGUUAGAAAUUCAUCAGCUGAUAAUAAUAGUCAAAUUCAAACACGUCGAAUAUCAUUUGAAAUAAAUCGACCAUUAACAUAUCGUAAGGUAAUGGAACGUGUUGUUAAACGUUUUUUGUUACAUAAACAACGAGAAGAACAAGCCGAGAUACGUGAAGGAGAUUUUGAAGAAUUAAAACAAGAUGUACAAAUGUUAAGAUUUGAAAUGAUGAAUCGUUUGGACGAGACAAAAGAAGAAUUACUUAAAACAUCGAGUUUAUUAAAUGAUGGUGUAAUGUAUGUUUGUGAACAAUUAACCUAUCUAAAUACUGAUAUAAAUCCAAAUGGUGUUGAACAAUUUCAAACAUUUAAACAAAAUAUGGAAACAAAUUUGGUGAAAUCUUUCGAUAGUGGAAUGGAUGAUGUUACUACAACUCGUCCACAAUCCCUUAUAUCUGAUUUAAAUUCAUCUCCAAGGACAUUAGCGUCUUUAAAUAUAACAUCCAUGCCUAAUUUAAAUACAAACGAUUCAAUUAGUUGCGAUUUAAUAUCUAGUUUACCUAUACUUCAUACAUCACAUUCUCAACCGACUUUAUUAACGAAUGAUGAUGACAAAAAUAAUUUAAAAGAUAAUUUAUCAGAUGAUGUUUCAAUGGAAAAAUCAACCGACUAUACGCAUGAAAUAUUCACUCUUAACCCCAUUCAAAUUAUUAAAGUAUUGAGUCCAAUACGAAUACAUAUAAUUGAACCAAUAGCUGAAGAAAACUCUGAUGAUUUAGAUAAUGAUAUUAAUUUGAGGACAAUAUCAACCAUAAAACAAGAAGAAAAAAAUAAUUUACAAAUUUCAACAGUAGUUGAUAUCACAGAUGAUACCGAUAUUGAAAUAGAUGCUAGUGAACAUUCAUGUCAAACAUCGGAUCAUGAAGAUGCUCACUUUUAA